UGUCCACCAGGAUAUAGCUGCAUGGAUAGAAAUUACUUUAAUAAUACAAAUAAAUAUACUGGUAUUUGUAAACCAUCAAAACAGAGGGGUGAACUAUGCAACGGUGAUGAAGAAUGUGGAUUUGGUUUAAGAUGUGACUCAUUAAAAAAAGGUGCUCCAUUAUAUUGUUUAGGAUUUAAAUUUGCUGGUAUUGGUGAAAUGUGUUCAAGAUCAGAUGAGUGUAUGGGGUAUUUAAAAUGUAUUGAAUCAAAAUGUACAAAUACAAAAACAGAUGACUGUGGCGCUAUGGACAACUGUCCAAGCCAACACUACUGCUCUGGAGGGGAAUGUGAUGUAGAUUGUACCGAUAAUGUAGAAAGAAUUUGUAAACCCUUUUCUGCCACUGGUGGGUACUGCAAUUUUGGAUAUGAAUGCAAUAUCAAUGAUACCUGUGUAAAUCGUAAAUGUAUUAAAAAAUACUCACUAAAAGAAGGCGAAAGAUGCUCAGAUUUUAUGGAUGCUUGCGAAUCUGGUGAAGCUCUAUUUGAAUUAGAUGAAAAACUAGAUUCUAUUUGUAAAUGCACCAAACCCGGAUCAAUUACCAACAGUAUUAAAAACUGCGUUACUGAAAAUUGCCCUUUGAACUAUUUUUGUGAAGGUAAAACAAACAAAUGCUUGCCAGAUUUUUCACAAACUGAUGAAUGUAAACGUCUUAGAACAGAAAGAGACCAAUGCUAUAUCAAUCACCAUUGUGUAUAUAUAAAUACUCAACCCUAUUUAGGAACAUAUUUUAUGAAAGACUCCUGUCACUUUAAGAACUGUGAAAAAGAAUCAAUCAGCUAUUUAAAUCAAUGU